GCGGGAGCUCGAGGUCUCUCAGCCGCCGCCAUGACGGAGCAGAUGACCCUGCGUGGUACCCUAAAGGGCCACAACGGCUGGGUGACUCAGAUCGCCACCACCCCACAAUUUCCAGACAUGAUCCUCUCCGCCUCACGCGUUCUAGCAAUUAUCAAACAACUGGGAUCACAAGUGUUUACUGAGCUCACCGUGUCUAUUGUCCUGUCCUGGAUUACAGGAAAACUCCAAUAAGACCAUCAUCAUGUGGAAGUUAACAAGAGACGAAACUAACUAUGGGAUUCCUCAGCGAGCCCUACGAGGCCACUCUCACUUUGUCAGUGAUGUGGUCAUCUCUUCAGAUGGGCAGUUUGCCCUCUCCGGCUCUUGGGAUGGCACCCUGCGCCUCUGGGAUCUUACUACAGGCACAACCACUCGUCGUUUUGUGGGCCAUACCAAGGACGUACUGAGUGUGGCCUUCUCUUCUGACAACCGCCAGAUCGUCUCAGGUUCCAGGGACAAAACCAUCAAACUCUGGAACACCCUAGGUGUCUGCAAGUACACUGUGCAAGACGAAAGCCACUCUGAGUGGGUGUCUUGUGUACGCUUCUCCCCCAACAGCAGCAACCCCAUCAUUGUUUCCUGUGGCUGGGACAAGUUGGUUAAGGUCUGGAACUUGGCCAAUUGCAAGCUGAAGACUAACCACAUUGGGCACACUGGUUACCUGAACACAGUGACUGUCUCUCCUGAUGGGUCGUUGUGUGCUUCCGGUGGCAAGGAUGGGCAGGCAAUGCUGUGGGACUUGAACGAAGGCAAGCACCUUUACACACUGGAUGGUGGGGACAUCAUCAAUGCCUUAUGCUUCAGCCCAAACCGCUACUGGCUGUGUGCUGCCACUGGUCCCAGCAUCAAGAUAUGGGAUCUGGAAGGUAAAAUCAUUGUGGAUGAGCUCAAACAGGAAGUGAUCACCACCAGCAGCAAGGCAGAACCCCCUCAGUGCACCUCAUUGGCCUGGUCUGCUGAUGGGCAGACUCUAUUUGCUGGCUACACAGAUAACCUGGUUCGUGUCUGGCAAGUCACUAUUGGGACCAGAUGAGAGAGCGCAGUUUUUGACCCACAAGACAUAAACUAUUAUGUACAAAGCAUUCAAUUAAAAAGAAACAAGGA